AUGCUUUUGCGCGCCGCCCCGAGCAGCUGGCGCGGCAGAAGGUCCCGCUCCUUGGCGUUCGGCCGCCGACUCGCGGCAUGGGAUGGCCUCGGCGUCAUCAUCUUACGGCCAGUCCCCGAAGCCAGUCGUGAGCUCGGGGCCGCCUGCCUCUCCGCCGGCUCCGCCUAUGGCGUCGUCCAUAUCGGCUGUCCCCAGAUCCGGGUCAUCGGGGUCAUCCACCGUGCGGUCGGCCAUGAACUGGCGCUCCGGCCCUGCGGCCCCAGCAGCCGGUGGAAGAAGGGGAUUCUGCUCAAAGAUAAGACGAAGACCCGGAGCUUUGUUGGGCCGGAAGCUGGCAAUAGUCAAGAAGACGACAACGGCCCAGUCUCUUCCGCUUUUGCCCUGCUCGCUCGAGGCGAGGGGAAAAGCUUGGCCGACGCCUCUCCACCGGAGACGCCGCCGUCCGCGGCGGGCGGCCCCGGAGAAGAAGACAAGGAGGAGGAGGAGGAGGAGGAGGAAUGCUGCAUCUGCCGCCUCCCGGCCGAGGAGGACCGCCCCCCGCGGCUGCAUCAGGAUUCGUCCACCUCGGCAGGCAGCCAGCUCCAUUGGCUCUCCACCGGCCAGCGACCCCGUUGCGAGCAUCCAGCAGAAGACAACAACAAUCUUGACUGUACAGCCUUCGAAUGCCUCGGGCACCAGCUUGUUGCGUCGAGGCAUGUUGGAAUGGAAAGCUAUGGAGGCGAUCUCAUGUUAUGGCUUGUAACUAUGUUAUGCCAGCUAUGUACAUUUGAUGAUCUAUUAUGAGCAUGAACAACCACUGUUGAUGCUAAAGUACAAGGUCUUGCGACUGCAGGCGUUCAUGGCGUAGUCGACCCGGAUUUGACCUAUGUCCAUGUUGAAGUGAACCAAA